GUCGUGGAGAUGGCGUUUCCACAAUUUUCGUCUCUCGCGCUGUUCCUUCCUUUCCUCAUCUUCUUCAGGCACAAACACACGCACAAAAACACACAGAGCGAUGGCUAUAUCGUUGGCAGUGGCCUUGAGAACUCUAUUCUGCGCACUGGGAUGUGUGAUGUUGGCCACUCUUGUUUACACUAUCUGCGUUGAUGGCCUUCCUUUUCGUAAAAGCCUUCUUACCCCGUGGAUGACAGCAACACUUGUUGAUUUCUAUAUCAAUAUUGUAGCAUUGGGGGUUUGGGUUUCCUACAAAGAAUCUAGCUGGAUUAGUGCAAUACUUUGGGUGGCUCUGUUAGUAUGUUUCGGAAGCAUCACUACAUGUGGGUACAUUGUUUUGCAAUUCCUUAAGCUGUCAUCUCAAGAAUCUUCAAAUGAUCCAAUGUUCUAUGUUCUAUUAGGACGUCGCAGCAAGGAUGGUGUAGACGGAAAGAAGUUUUCUGUUGUAACUGCAAGAGUUCUUUUCAGUGCUUUGGGUGUUUUAAUGUUGGGAACUCUGAUUUACACUCUCUUGACGGAUGGUUCGCCUUUUCGCAGAGAGCUCUUGACACCGUGGAUGACAGCAACACUAAUUGACUUCUACAUAAAUGUUGUGGCUCUAUCGGUUUGGGUAGCAUACAAAGAAUCAAGUUGGGUGAGCGCACUCGUUUGGAUAGCUUUAUUGAUAUGUUUUGGCAGCAUCACUACUUGUGCCUACAUUGUGCUGCAGCUUUUCCAGCUCUCAUCUCAAGAUCCUGUUUACCUUAUUCUAUUGAAUAGCAGCACGAGGAAUGGUUUUAAGAUGUUGCCUACAGUGUCGGUGACUCCAUGAUCACAUUCUCCUUAGAGUUUGGCAGUUUUUGACAGAGGAAAGGCAGAAAACAGGUGUGACUUGUGAGAGAAUCGGAGAACGUAAUGGUGAAACGGGAUUACAAUGAGGUUGAUGGGCAAGAAAGGUUCAUACCGAUCUGGUAUGUUUUAGAUGAUACACGGUUCUGACAUUUGACACAGUUCUGACGUCGUAUAGCUUUCUAUCAUCAUAUGUAUGAAUUUGGCCUAUAUAUUAUUUCAGCAUGCAUAUUGUAAAAAUCUAUUUGACCUACGUACCGCAGCUUCAUCUUUUCUUUUUUUUUUUUUGAUGGUUUGAAUAUCUUCCUAUUCCUGUUCUUGUUUCUUAGUAAUAUGUUAUUACAUUGAUACUGAUAAUGGUAAAAAUUGAAUUUUUAUGAUGACAGAUAAAAAUUCAAUGUAGAAACCUAUUGUCGACUGUUAAACUGUGGCGAUUGCUUA